AUGGCGGUGCCGCUGCCGCAGCAGCCAGACCGCCCCUACCCCUCCGGCAGCCUUGGCUACUUCCACCUCCGUCUCGUGGGCCCCGCCCCCGCCCUGCUCCUCCUGCGCACCGACCGCCUCUACUCGCUCUCCCACUCCCGCCGCCGGGGCUACCGCCUCCGCCUCCUCGCCAGUCCUCAUCGCCGGCGCGCCCGCGACCUCCUGCUCAGCACCUACGGCUGCGACCUUCGCCUCACACACCGAUCUGGCACCGGCUCCCCGAGCGUCAAUGGCCGGCCCCUCUGCGCGGGGACCCCCACCGAGCUGGCCGUUGGCGACGAGGUAUCGGUGCUGCGCUGCGGCACAAGGUACGGAUUCAUCGUGGAGAGGUUCGUCUCAUGCGGAGGGGUAGAGGUUAGUGCGGCUUCAACGGCGGGGUCCUGCGCCGAGGGGCUUGUGUUUAGGGCCGAGUCUCUGCGGAAACGGCUCAGGGCGAUCUCUGAGAGCGAAGAUCCCCUUUCGUUAUUGAGGGAUUGUUCUGGAAUUGGUAGCCUGGAUGUUGGACCUAAAAAGUGGAGGCAGGAUGUUGCUGGUGAAUUGUGCCUGGACAAUCCAAUUACUCCCGCUCCUGAGGAGAAUGCGCUGCAAGGUGAUUGCAAUUUUGACCAAGACAAAUUGGAAAACCACCUUGAUGUUGUAAAUGAUGGCGAUGGCGAGCUGCUGUUUAAUGGGAGUAAAGGAUGCAGAGAUGACAAUGCAGAGCAGCCAGGAUGCGGCAGCAGCAAUGAAGAGCAGUAUCGUCGUGAGGGCUGCUACUCAGAUGGGAGCACAUUCUUCUUGAAUCGCCUUCCGGGUACUGGGUCUGACACGCAAGCGGGACCACAGAGUGAUGUGACACUUCCACAGCUUCUCCAUCCUGUUAAUAGUUUGGUGCGAGUGUUCAUCGCAACAUUCACCUCAGAUAUUUCCUGGUUUCUCAACUAUUGCAAGAUUCCCCAGCAUCUACCAGUGACAAUAGCAUGCCACAAGGAGAGAUGCUGGAGUGCAAGCAGUGAAAAUAGAAUGGCGGCACCUUUUGAAAGCCACCCUAAGCUGCUACUAGUUUUCCCCCGAUUCCCUGAAGAGAUAGCAUUUGGAAAGGACAGGAAGAAGCAAGGAGUUGCAUGCCACCAUCCAAAGCUCAUAGUGUUACAGAGGGAAGACAGCAUGCGUGUUAUUGUUACUUCAGCUAACUUAGUACCGAGGCAGUGGCAUCUCAUAACAAACACAGUGUGGUGGCAAGACUUUCCUCGUAGAACAUCCCUGGACUAUGCAGCACUUUUUAGUGCAGCCGAGAAACAAAAAUCUGAUUUUGCUGCUCAAUUAGUAUCAUUCAUAGCAUCCAUGGUCAAUGAAAUCCCUAGCCAGGCAUAUUGGAUAAAUGAGAUUGCUAAGUAUGAUUUUGAAGGAGCUGGUGGCUACCUCAUCGCUUCAGUACCUGGAAUACAUGCACAAAGUCCUCCUUAUUUGGAGUCUAAUUAUUUCCUUUCAGCUAAACAUAAUGUACACGCAAAAUCUGCACAUAGAAUGUUUAUUGGCUCUGUUCAAACAUCUGUAGUUGGCCUAUCCCAUCGGUUUCACAUGCCAUCAGAUGCUGGCAAACAACUAAGAGCCUUAUCUGCAUUUCUUGGAAAAUGCCGUGAGAAUAUGCAUGGGACUACAGAAGUGAUCUUGAAGAGGAACACCAAUAUACCUGCAGAUGCUAAUUCUGUGAGUGUCCUUGUUGCUGAUAUGGAUAAAUUUACUGAGGAAGAUUCUGUCCAACUUGGUUUCUUGCCUAGAGAGGUUGCUAAGUGGGUAGCUCCCCUCAGUGACUCAGGAUUCUUCAGUUUCUCUGGAUUUAUCUACCCUAGAGAAGCCCUGGAGGCUGCAUAUGGAGUUACUAAUACUAAAGUGCAGUUGCUUCUAUACGUAUCAAAGGGUCCAGAGUUUUCUCAAAUUUCAGGGCUGAUAAGCAAUGAGCAUUUUCCACCACUCUGCUCACUAAUAGCAUCCUUGCAGCGGUGCCUUGGACUUUGGCAGUUAGAAGAGGUAUUGUCAAACAUUAAGUGGCCUGAAACACUUGAGACUGAUUUUAUCUACAGUGCUUCAUCCAUUGGAACUUCAAUUAAUCCACAGUUCAUUGCAAGCUUUGCUUCUGCUGCUGGUAAACGACCCCAUCAGGAUUUUGACUCUCAAGAAUCUGAUCCGGAGGUUGCUCAAAGACGCUUCAAGUCUUGUUUUGAUGAGCAUUCAUUCGGCUGGACUUAUUGUGGGUCUCACAAUUUCAGUCCGGCUGCAUGGGGACAGCCUCUAUCUCCUCCCUCCAAAGCAAAUCCUAGCGAAGCCAGAUCAGCACCUUCUGGUCCAAGGCUGCACAUUUGCAACUAUGAGCUCGGCAUCAUACUCAUUGCUCCGCCACCAGGCAUGUCAAAGCAUGCAAGUGAAAGUAGGCACAGGAUCGAGGGCAUCGUCCUGCCGUUUGUUGUCCCUCCACCGCGAUAUAAGGGGAGUGAUAGGCCAGCGACUCGGCUGGCCAUGCGAGAGGCUGUGGCUGAGGCUUGUGUUCUGCAGGGUAACGGUGUUGUAGAUUUGUCAGAGGAUACUGACGAAGAUGUGCCAGAUGAAGACGAUGAGCAGGUGGUUGAGCUAUCUGAUUGUUCUCAACAAGAGAAGGAAGAAGAGAAGAUUUAUGCAGAGACGCUAUGGGGGCAGAUUGUGGUGUUGGGAGGAAGUGGAUUCGUUGGCUCUGCGAUCUGCAAAGCUGCUGUCUCUAAAGGCAUUGAGGUUGUGAGCUUCAGCAGGUCAGGAAGACCAUCUUACUCUGAUCCCUGGGUUGAUCAAGUCAAUUGGCUAGCAGGAGAUGUUUUCUAUGCAAGAUGGGAUGAAGUAUUCGUUGGGGCUACUGCUGUUGUGUCUACCCUUGGAGGGUUUGGCAAUGAAGAACAAAUGAAAAGGAUAAAUGGUGAGGCAAAUACCAUAGCAGUAAACGCUGCAAAAGAAUAUGGAGUCCCGAAGUUCAUUUUAAUCUCUGUACAUGAUUACAAUCUUCCAUCCUUUCUUCUUACCUCGGGUUACUUCACUGGUAAGAGAAAGGCGGAAUCUGAAGUCCUUUCCAAAUACCCAGCCUCAGGUGUUGUGUUGAGGCCAGGCUUCAUUUAUGGUAAAAGGAAAGUAAAUGGCUUUGAGGUACCGCUCGACACUGUUGGACAACCAUUGGAGAGGUUGCUCUCCUCUGUUGAAAAUUUCACCAAACCAUUGAGCUCACUGCCUGCCUCUGACCUAAUCCUUGCACCCCCUGUGAGCGUGGACGAUGUUGCCUACGCGGUAAUCAACGGAGUCAUAGAUGACAGCUUCUUUGGGGUGUUCACCAUUGAACAAAUCAAGGAAGCUGCAGCCAAGGUAAGAGUGUGA